AUGGCCGCCAUGACGCCCGCACGCUGCCCACGCGGGCGCAGCCACAUGGCCGGUCCGAUGGCAUUAGGCGGUUCCUUGAGGCAGGGGGCACUGCCGGCCGCGCCCAUUCCCAGAAUUCUGGCGCAGGCGCGGAGGCCGGGGCGGAUCGGCGGCCGCAGCGGUGCGCCCGCGGGGCUGGUCCCGAAGCAGCCUGUUGUUGCACAGCCCAGAGAGGUGUGUCUAGCAGGGGCCACAGGAGGGUCUGCAGAAUCAGCAGAUGAAGGGCCGCUGCAGUGGUUCACAGAAGUCGGGUACGGGCUGCUGGGGGUGGUGUGCACAGCCGUUGCGCUGUCGGGGAUCUUCUACCCCAGCACAUGGGGCCCGAGUGCCCUGACCAUGGAAGUUAGUCCUUUUGUUGGCCACAUUCAACAACUGAACGCAACAUUCUUCCUUUUCGUUGGGUUCUUCGCAUUCUGCGUCAAGGAUGCUGUGGCAAAGAAACGCCUGGGGUCUGCCACGUACAGGCGAAUGGCCCAAUGGUUAGCCUUGGAGAGGCUCGCAAACCUGGCGUUCAAGUACCCUCUCUUGAAGGCUGGCGCGGCCAUGUCAACUUGGCUGGCAGCCGUCACGAUUGGAACGCCCGUGGCGGCCGCGCUCCUCUACAUUCUGGCAUUCAACAGCCUGCCAUUCAACCCUUUCCAAAUCAUCGGCAGCGGCCUGCAGAUGGCCAGAUCCCUGCUCGACCCCAAGAGCGGACCUGCCAUUCUGUAUUCAGUGAUCACUGCGGUAUUCUGUGCCUUUGUGGUUUGGUUCCUUGUGGACCCUUCCGUGGCGGGGCCCCUGACGCUGGCGAGCUAUUCCCACGCCAAGGGCCUGACAACAUCCCUUGCAGUUAAGGAUAUUGCAGUGGUGCGCGACCUGGGCCUGUUCCUCUCUUACUACGCUGCCUCAGCUUUCAUUUUGAAGGACGCGGCUGACAGGGACCGGCUGGCGGCGUCCACCUUCAAGAGCCUGAACCUGACCGUUGCCACUGUGGCGCUCAUCAACAGUGCAUUCAAGUUCUAUCAUUAUUGGGCUACCAAGCAGAGCAUCGCCUGGUCGGUGUGGCCGACCAUCUUUGUAGGCCUCCACAGUUCCUGGCACUAUUUUAAUGCACGUAAGCCCUCCGAGUGA